UUAUUUUUGAAAUAUCUCCGAACGCACUCAACCGAUCAAGCUCAAAUUUGGACAGCUUCAAGAUAUUAACAAGCCGCGUCGAAUGACACCUCAAAGAUCAAAAUCGGUUUAUCCGUUCAAGAGUUAAGAAUAUUUACAUACAUACGUACGAACGUACGUACACACAUACAUACACUCAGAUAUCAUCGAGAAAUUAGUCAGGGUAGCUUCCUGGAACCUCAAAACGUCAAAAUCUGAUAGAAAUUCGGUUUUUGCAAAUCGGACUGAAACCAAUAACUUCUCGAAUUUAUGAAAAUUUUCAAUUUUCUUAGCAGGAAGUUAAAAAAAUAAUACCAAUUAAUUAUGACAAAUACAAAAUCAAAGUAUCCAUUUAUAUAGAUGACUCAAAACCUGCUGACGUUGAUGAAUUUUUAAAAGAUUUUGUUGAUGAUGCAAUACAUUUAACAAAAAAGGAAGUGAUCAUCAACCAAAAGACAUAUAAUUUUAAAGUCAUGGGCCUAAUUGCAGAUGCUCAAGCAAGAGUAUUUUUAAAGUGUGUUAAGCCACCUGGGUCUUUUUAUGCAUGCGAAAGAUGCGAGACGAAAGGAAAAUCUAUUGGACAACAUAAAAAAAAAAGCGAAUUUAUCCAGACAUUAAUUGUAAAACACGGACGAAGCAAUCAUUUAACGAAAAAUCACAACCCGAACAUCAUAAAGAAAAAAUUACGGGUCUAUUGAAUAGAUUGCCAGAUUUUGACCUAGUGAUAUCUGUAACUCUAGAUUCUUCGCAUCUUUCAUUUUUAGGUGUAAUGAAAUCUUUAUAGGGAUCGUGCUUCUAGACUUUUACGCCAACUGGUGGCAAGUAUCCAAAACAGUUGGGAUCAUGUAUUAAACGUUAACAUAUGUGAUUUACUAUUAAAUUAUUAUAAAUAAAAUAUAUUAGAUUUUUUAAAAUAAUGUCAGCUUCGAGAAAAAAUUGUUGUAUUCUUGGAUGUAAUAAUACAUCACGUCGAGAACGUGGAUUCGGUGUGGAAGUGAAAUUUUAUAAAUUUCCAGAGAGCGUGUUAGGAGCCUCAUGGAAAACAGUAAAACGUUAACAGUGGAUGAAUGCAGUGAAAAAUUACGUAGAAAAUCCAAAAGACUGGGUACCAAAUAAAUAUACGAGGAUUCGUAGUACCCAUUUUGUAAAUAAUGAAAAAUCAGAGCAUCCGUUACAUCCAUCUUAUGUUCCUUCGAUUUUUCCUGGACGUGAAAAUGUAAAAAGAAAUAUUCAAUCCUUGGAACGUUUCCAACGAGUCAGAAAUCGGGAAACGAACACAGUCCACAUCAAUAAAUAUAUUGUGAGUGAAAAAAAAAGAAACAACAUAAACAUUGACAAUAUGAUAGACACAGUGAUGGAACAAGGUAAUGAAGAACAUGCAAGUAGUGUUGAAGAGCAUCAGAUUGAUAUUCACGUUGAAACUGUUACGGUGAAUCCUGUGCAACGGAGCAUAAGUUGUCAAACAGAGAUAGUCACAGACGGAGGUUAUGAAGAUUUGGCAUAUUUUUUUUUGUAAUCUUAACUCUCAUAACGAUUCAAGCACGGCAGCAGUACAGGUAAAUAUUCCAAUAAAAAAAACACAAAAUAAAAUUUGUAAAGCUAAUAUACCAAUUAUAAAAAAUGUGCAAGAUUCGGGUUGUGAUCCAAUAAAUAUAGACUUUAGUAAAUCUUGUCAAGGUUUUCAUGGACUUUCUUCAAUUACUACCAACGAAGCAAUGAGCAGUUUAACAGGUGUGACAUUAGCAAUUUUUUCAUGGCUUUUAACUAUGUUACCAGACUGUAAAGCCUCUAAAGUAGAUAAAAAAACAAGUUUCUUGAUAACAUUAGUCAAAUUGAAGACGGGUUUAUCAUUUACUGCAUUGGCAGUAGUUUCCAAUAUUCAUCGAACUACUGCACAUAGGAUAUUUGUGAAACACAUACAGCAGUUAAAUAUUUUGCUACAAAGUUUUAUCGUUUGGCCAUCAAAAUCAACAAUACGUGCAUCUCUACCGGAAUCUUUUAAGCAUCAUUACCCAGACAGACGUGUAAUAAUUGAUUGUACUGAAGUUUAUACAGAAGUACCACCAGAAGUUAAUCAAAAAGUAUUGAUGUAUUCUGAAUAUAAACAUCAUCAUACUGUCAAGUUUUUGGUGGGUUGUGCACCAGAUGGAUUCAUAACUUACGUCUCCAAAUGUUAUGGUGGCCGUGCUGCUUCAUUACAAACGAUUGUGGUUUGGUUGAUUUAAUUGAGCCCGGUUACGUUGUUCUUGCUGACAAAGGAUUUUCUCAGAUAAAAACUCAAGUCGAAAAUAAAAAUGCUAUUUUUAUCAUGCCUCCUGUUGGCCACAAAGAUCAAUUCACUCCUGAAGAAGUUGACGAAACAUACAACAUUGCUUCUGUGAGGAUACAUAUAGAACGAGUAAAUCAACGAAUUAAGGACUUUAGAAUUCUAUCAAAAGUAUCUAAUUCAUUAUUUCCUCAUAUUGAUGAAAUUGUUUUUGUUAUUUGUGCUUUGGUAAAUGUACAGAAGCCACUGCUUAAAGAAAAAGAA